UAAUUUCAUAAUGCAUUUAUUAUUAAACAUAAACCAUUUUAAAUUCAUAUUAUCACUAAAAUAUAUAAUAAAUCAUUCAAACCAUCUCACAUGAGAAAUCAUUUUUUUUUAAUUCAAAUUUAAAAUUACGGUCUCAGUCGGUAGUUGACAAUGUAAAGUUAGACAACAAAGUUGGAAUGAGAAGAGUAAGCACAUGUAACUUAAUAAUUAUGGUUUGAUGGCAUUAAUUUAUAUUAAAGUAUUACAUUUUUUUAUUUAAAAUAGUGAACCGAUGAACCAGUUAAAUCGUGAUGGUUCAUCUAAUUUUAUGUUGAACCAUGAAAAAUCGUUUGGUCUAUCAAUAACCGUCCAAACAAUGAACCGAACCGCUAUUAUAACUGGUUUGACGGUUUUACAGGCCCGGCUAUUGAUCCGAUUCGGCAUUUAUUUCUUCAACGAGAAAUUUCCCUCCCCAAGCGACCAACAGACCGGGCCGGGCCGAGCCAGCCCAUUCUUCAGCCCGUGAAAGUAUUGGACUAAUGGCCCUGAGCCCAAGUUCGUAUCAACCGGUCCUAACUCCCAAUCAGAUUCAAUAAUUACGAUUUUCUUCUCUGGUCUUCCGCUUUCUCUUUGCUCUCUCCUUCUUGUCUAUCUGUCCGAGUGUCUGUGAACCUCCGAUCUCGCUCUCUUUCGUAGUGCCACCCAUCACGAUCUUCACCGGCGAUCACACUCCACCCUUCAUCUAUCUUGUCCUCAGGUUGGCAACUCUCUCUCCCUAUCGUUCUUUUGAUUCUCCUGAGAUCGUCUGCUUCUCAGUUUCUGAUUUCUGUUCCCUCCCCAAGCUAAAUGAUUUCAACAAGAAUGCCGUAAUGGAUCCUGGAGUCCUAGGAUCACUCUCAAUAUGUCUCCUGAUUACUUAUUGUAGCAGAAUUUUGGUUCGCUUAAGUCCAAUUAUCUUAAACUUUCUGCUUUUCUGGCUCUGGUUUUCAUAUAUGACGAAGAAUGUCGACGAUUUAGGUCUUUCUUCUUUGUUAGGGAUGGAUUCUUUUUGAGGGCUGAGGUAGCACGUUCUUAGAAAGAGGUGGAAGCGUUAAAUGGACUCGAUUGGAAUAAGCAAUAUUCUGAGUGCUGGGAUUCUCUGUACCAUGCCACUGUAAUUUCAACCACAUAACACCUUCAGAUGGUGAAAGAUCGAAUUGCUGAGUUUGGUAGCUACUACUUUAAUUUCAACUGAGUUUAGCCUCCCUGGUCAGAAGGGAUUCAUUGUUUACAAAGCAUAUUGUUUGUUGCAACUUCAUUGAGCGGAAAUAUAUGUUGUAUAGGCUUCCAUUUCUCUGUGGGAUCUGCUACCAGAACACAUUGUUUGCCUGCUGAGUGACCUGGGUGAUUCAGUAAAGCCUCACAUAUCAUUUAGAUAUCUCCAUGGAAGUGGAUAAUUGUCUGUAAAUGAGAUACCAGUCCUUUGGUCAUUUCUACUUCGAGUUAGGACCUGUUAUGAAGCAGGGAUAAAUGGCACCUUAAACUACAUGGGCAAAAAUAUGAGAUGCAUUCAGGUUCUUUAUAUGCCAUGCCAUCCCUAAAAGGGGCAUAUAAGCAUUGUUCAAUUUAUUUGUUUUUAUUUUUUCUCAGUUUCCUUCUUUCUUAAGUUUUAUGCUGAGACCGUUUUCUACAUUCUAGUUUCAGAUUUUACUGAAAGAUGGCAGGCCAAGGCCAGCGCUUGACUGUGGUCCCUACAGUAACCAUGCUUGCAGUGAUGAAAGCUCGCCUCGUCGGUGCCACAAGAGGCCAUGCUCUUCUCAAGAAGAAGAGUGAUGCUCUAACUGUGCAGUUCCGGGCAAUACUCAAGAAUAUUGUAUCGACCAAAGAGGCCAUGGGAGACAUCAUGAAGAAUUCCUCCUUUGCCCUAACUGAGGCAAAAUAUGUUGCAGGGGAGAAUAUCAAACACGUCGUCCUGGAAAGCGUCCAAACUGCAUCUGUUAAAGUCCGAUCUCGCCAAGACAAUGUCGCUGGAGUUAAGCUUCCCAAGUUUGAGUAUUUCUCUGAAGGAGAUACCAAGAGUAAUGACCUAACUGGUUUGGCCAGAGGAGGGCAGCAGGUACAGAAGUGCCGUGUUGCUUAUGUGAAAGCAAUUGAGGUUCUUGUCGAGCUGGCUUCGCUUCAGACUUCGUUCUUGACGCUUGAUGAGGCAAUCAAGACGACAAAUCGAAGGGUUAAUGCAUUGGAGAAUGUUGUGAAGCCAAGAAUUGAGAACACAAUCACUUACAUCAAGGGGGAGUUGGACGAGCUCGAGAGAGAAGAUUUCUUCAGGCUGAAGAAGAUUCAAGGUUAUAAGAAGAGGGAGAUCGAGAGGCAGAGAGCUUCUGCAAUUGGGUUUGCUGAGGAUCAAAUUGCUGAGAAGCUGUCCUUGAGUAAAGGCAUUUCGAUGGCUUCGGCUCAGAACAUGUUGGCUGCUGGCGCAAAGGACGAGGAUAUAAUCUUUUGAGCUGGGAUGCAAGUUAGUUUUAAUUUAUUGCUUCUUUCCUUAGGAUUCGGGGCUGCUGCCACGGACAUGCUGCUUCGUUUUGGUGGUGACUGCGCCGAGAUCAUUCAGAGCGGAAGAGAUACAUAUAUAUUUUGCUGAAUAAAGCUUACGUGUAUGU